UUGUAGUCAGACUGAAGCGAGACGAAAGGAUUCAUAGCCUAGACACGGUGAUCCGUUAACAUUAAUUCUAUCAAGGACUGAACAGAGAGAGCUGAAUCUGUCAAACACUCUUUAUUUGGACUAUAUUAGAGGAACUUAACCCGAGAUGGUGACAAUAAGACCACCAGCUCUUUUUAUUGUCUUCUUUCUCUCCACACACUCUGCCUCAGGCUCCUAUCCCCAAGCACAGAAUGUCACUUGGAAAUCCACCAACUUUAAAACCAUUUUGUCCUGGGACCCUAAACCAUCAGCUGAUUACUCCUACACCGUAGAGUUCUCUGUGGUCGGUGGGAACAAACAGAGAAACCCCCACUGUAUCCGGUUCUCAGCAACAGUGUGCGAUCUGUCCAGCUCUUUAACUGACCUGAAUGCCUGCUACACAGCUGAUGUCCUGUCUGAACAACCACUGGGGGCCAGCUCUGACAUUAAUGAGUUCCCCUACACCAGUUCACCACGAUUCUGCCCCUACAAAGACACUGAGAUAGGCAAACCAGACUUCAAGCUGGAGGUGAAUGAAGACAAAAAAAAAACCACCCUGUAUGUGACCGACCCACUCACCACCCUAUUUAAAGAUGGCCAACAGCUGAACAUAAGGGAUAUCUUCUCUGACCAGCUGCAGUAUAAAGUCACCUAUCGGAAGAAUAAGAGCACCGGCAAGAAAGUGUACAACUCUAAGACCAAUAUGAUAGAACUGACUGAUCUGGACCCAGGGGAGAGCUACUGCUUUAACAUCCAGGCCUACAUCCCCAGUCGUAGUGUUGACAAGCAGCUUGGAGAGUUGAGCCAGACCCAGUGCUCCAAAGACGACAACCAGACCAUCUUUGAGGUGUAUUCAGUGGGUGUGAUCACUGCUACCAUCUUCCUCAUCCUGCUACUGAUUGGCAUAAUCAUUGCUGUCACAGUGGUCUGCUGUAAGCGCAGGAAUAAAGCUCUGAAAAGGGGAAAAGAAGGAGUGCCACUCCAGGAUGUAUAAAGUGUGUGUGUUUCAACACACACACACACACACACACACACACACACACACACACACACACACACACACACAUACACACACACACACAAAAUUGGGGGAAGAUGCGGUACAGCUCUACUGCACAGAUGCCUGUAAGGAGAGCAGCAUGGCAGAUCUACAACAUUCCACUGUCAAACACUGGAAUCAAUUCUUCCUUUAGUUUCUGUGAAACUGCCGCUUGUAUGUUACAUAUUUUAUUCUUUCUUUAUCGUUGCAUGCUGCAGAAAAAGAGACUAGGAAAACACUGUUUGAACACUCCUACUGUACACAUUAGUCAUCCAGCUGAAGUUGUAAUAUUCCAUUCCUUGUCCUCUGUAUUUGGUGAGUGGUAUUUGAUGACUAUAGGUAAACACUACCAACUGAUUGUAUUUAUUUCAUUUUAAAGUAUACUUUCUAACAUGAAACGACUGUCAUGAGAGAUUUUUGGGAUUGGCGAAAGCAACACUUCAUGGGAAAUCAAGACCUUGUUAUUUUUGUAUCUGAUGCUUAAUUUAUUGUGUUUAAUUGAAACUGACAUAUUUGUAUAUGAUGCAUUUGUUAGCUGUUUUGUACUUCAGAUUUUUGCAGAUCAUUUUAUCAUUUGGUGGAAUAUUGAAAAAGUAAUAAAUAUUCUAAAGAACAUGACCAGUUUGUACAUUCCAAAAAAAUACAUUUCCAUUUCAGUUUUGUGAAAUGAUAGAUCAUAUUAAUGUUAUAGUAAACUACUUUUUUUUGGCUGGGAUGACAAAAUUAUUUACAAAUCAAUAAAUUGCUAAAUAUCUAUCUGUGCUUUAUUAAAACUAGAACUGAAAAAACAUGUUCACAAUGUAUGUAA